UCUCAUGAAUUUCUCCCGUCUAAACGAGGCUUUAAAUUAGCCUCGCUAAAUAUUAAUAGUCUAUCUGCACACAUUGACGAACUAAGAAUUUUGCUUUCCGACAGACCUAUCGAUAUCUUAGCCAUAAACGAAUCUAAAUUGGAUGACACAAUAAGUGAUAAUGAAAUUCAUAUUUCUGGCUAUGAAUCUAUUCGUAGCGAUCGCUCUACCAACGGUAGGUCUGGAGGGGGUGUUUGUUUUUUUAUUCGUUCCGAAAUCAAUUAUUCUGUUCGCUCUGACCUAAUAUGUGAACACUUAGAAAGUCUGACUGUCGAAAUCAAGAAACCCAGAUCAAGACCUUUUGCCGUUAUGACCUGGUAUAGACCCCCUGAUUCUUCAAUUGAUCUUUUUAAACCAUUUGAAGAACUUAUUGGAAAACUAGACUCAGAAAAUAUCGAAUAUUACGUCUUAGGAGAUCUGAAUUGUAAUAUGGCCGCGCCUAAGUUUGACAACAGUACAAAUAUCUUAUCUAAUAUUGCUGAAGUUUACGGCCUUGAUCAGUUAAUAACUGAAUAUACUAGAAUUACCGACAAAUCAUCUACUCUAAUUGAUCUAAUUUUUACAAAUACUCCAGAUAGGGUCGUCUGCUCAGGGGUCUCACAUAUAGGCAUCAGCGACCACAGUUUAGUUUACGCCUUUCGUAAAGUUUCUAUGGAAUCGACAACGAAUAAGCAUACUACCCUGAGAUAUAGGAAAUUUAAGAAUUUUAACUCUGAUCACUUUCGCAACGAUAUAUGUCAACAGGAUUGGAGUAACAUCAAAAAUUAUUCUGAUCCUAAUUUAAUGUGGGCUGCAUGGAAACAACUAUUCCUGGAAUGCGUAAACAAGCAUGCCCCACUUCAUGUAAAACGGGCUCGCGCCUCAAAGUCACCUUGGAUUACACCUUACUUAAAGAAACGAAUGCAUGACAGAGAUAUUCUUAAAUUGAAAGCAUCGCGUUCUAAGGAUGCUAAUGACUGGCUACAACUUAAAAAAUGUCGCAACCUAGUUAAUAACGAAAUUAAAAAAGCAAAAGAGCUCUAUUAUAAAAGGGCAUUAGAUGAAAACGAAGGCAAUUCGCGCCAGACCUGGAAGAUUGUAAAUGAGCUCAGGUCAAGGAAAACUAAUAACUGUUGCAUAAAAGAAAUCAAAAGCAACGGUAACUCUAUUUGCGGCCCUCCUGAGCUGGCCGAUGCCUUCAACGAUCACUUUUCUUCUAUUGGACCCAAGCUUGCGAGCCAGAUUUAUUCUAAU